UCGUUAUCUAUAUUGAGCGAUGAGUCUAAAACGUAUCUUGUAAGAACUUCAGAUUUAUCAGACAGCGCGCAAUCCCACUGCCUUUUCAUCGAGCAUGAUUGUGUUUUCUGCUUCAUGUGUAUAUUUUGUGCACGAGGACGCAGACGUGUAUACUGAGUGUCAGAGUUAGGCUGGGUAGAAAGAACUCAAGGAAGUCCAGAUAAGAACAUGGCUGUUAAAAACAGAGACAGACAAAACCAAAUCAAGAAACCACAAACUAUAGAUACCCAUAGUCCUAAAAUGCCAAAGCCAACACAAACAUUAAUAAGUCCACGACAUUUUCAAAACAAAUAUGUAAUACUCGCGAUCCUCGGCAGCUCAAUUUUAAUUUAUUUGUGCCUUGCUAGAAGCGUUCAUGAAUUUAGCAGCAGAACCGUCGAUCAUCUAGUAGUAUCGCUGAAUCUUCACACAACCGUUUACGUAAUUGUCAUCGACGCAGGAUCAACAGCCAGCCGAGUCAAUGCCUUCACUUUCCAUAAUUCGGUGAUUGGUAACCAAUUCAUUUUAGACGAUACAUUGUUCUACGAGACGAAACCUGGACUGAGCUUCUAUGCUAAAAAUCCAAAAGACAUAAAUAAAUCUUUGAAUAUCCUGUUGAACAAAGCAAAAGAGAAAAUUCCAAAAAAUAAUUGGGCUUCUACUCCAAUAAUUUUAAGAGCGACAGCUGGCUUGAGACUUCUUCCUCAGGAUGAAUCUCAAAAUAUUCUUAAUGAGUGUAAACGAGCGCUCGACUCGUCUGGUUUUAUGACUUUUCACGAUUCGGCGGCAAUCAUGGAAGGUUCGGACGAAGGGAUAUUUUCGUGGUUUACCACGAAUUUUUUACUCAAGAACUUCAGUCCUUUCUAUAACGACGAAGAAUUUGCCACGAAUACUGUGGCCGCUCUCGAUCUUGGAGGAGCCUCAACACAGGUUACUUUUGCCGUGACUCACGAUUCUUCCGACAAACGCUCGAAAUUACUUUCAGCGCACGAAAAAAAUAUUUAUCACGUCAACGCUUUUAAUAAAAAUACCAGUGUGUUCACCAGCAGCUUCUUGGGAUUGGGACUUAUGGCAGCCAGAAAAGAAAUUUUGACUCAUCCCGACAACUACCAAAAUCGGGAAUAUACUUUUGACGAACAUUCGACAAACGUUGAGCUACUAGCCGAGUGUAUAAAUCCAAUUAUAACCGGGGUAACGUGGCAUUACGCUGGAAAAGAUUAUUUAGUAAGAGGACCAAUCAAUGCUACGUACAAAAUAAUUAAAAAAAGGCUACCGACUGGUACUGACGAGCGUAGACCAGUGGUACGGUUUUUUACUUGUCUUGACAUAAUUAAAAAAGUUGUUGAUGCUGCUAUUCCAUACCAGCUGCCUAGUCUUCGAGAAUACGAGAUAUAUGCCUUUUCAUUUUACUUUGAUCGCGCGGCGGAAGCUGGUCUUAUAGAUCCGUACAAAGGAGGAACUGUAACUGUUGAAUCCAUAUAUAAAUCAGCUUCUGAAAUAUGCGCAUAUCCUAACACUGAUCAGCCGUUUAUGUGCCUUGAUUUAUCAUUUAUUUACGUUUUGCUUCAUGGUGGAUUUGGACUCGGCAACUCGUCAAAAAUUUGCUUGAAAAAGCACAUUGAUGGCCAUCAACUAAAUUGGGCGUUAGGUGCCGCAUUCAAUGCUAUACAAAUUGUUUCGUGAUGCUGCUUAUUUUUAUAGGAAAUUUUUUUUUAAUAAAAUAGGCUAUGACGCUCUAAUGUUCUCCACAUCGACGACUGUUGCCAACUACACGUGGAAGAUUUUGUGCUGUGACAAUAUUACGCGACGGUGAAAGUCAGCAAAGACCAAAAAUUUGUUACAAUAACAUAAAUUCAAACAUUUUUGUCUUUUUUUUCGUUUAAUUGUCAGUUUACGUAAAACAAAUAACAUUAUUUUUGAUAAAAAUGACUAACUGCAACUAUUAAAUGUAGUGUAUAUAUGCUUAUAAUUUAUAUUUAAGUAACUAUUAAUUCUUAUUACUAUAUAAACUAGAUAAACCUAAGCCACUGCGUACCAGUGUUUUAUUGGCCGAUGAAUUAUAAACGGAACGUCAAAUGAACAUCAUUAUGUAUAAGUAGCCGUAUGACGUAUUGACGAUACACAGUGACUUUCAAUUUGGCUAAUGAACAAUUGUAAUAUAAUUGUCGUAUUAUUGUUGAAUUUCAUUGAUAAAAGUGUAUAAACUGAUGUAAUAUAAUGUUGUCGAUGUUAGUGAUGCAUAUGUCGAUUAAAUUACAAUAAAUUCUAAUAAACAGUUAUAUUUUGUUUUUACAUUCAAAACUUAUGACGCCUUAUCUAAAGACGUCGUGCCGAAUAAAUGUUUACUUAUUUUAUCUUUGGAUGGGAUUUUUCUUACAAAGUUCGCGGAAAAUAGAGUUUAUAAGGAAAAUAAUAUGAUUGAAUUUAAAGUGAUAAAGGUAUAAAAAUAUAUUUGUAAUUAAAUAAGACAUUACUAAUUUUGUUUCAACGAAUUAUUGAAAAUGAAAUACUGAUUAUAAUGAAAUAUCGUGCAAUGAAGUCUAUGAAUUUGUUUAAACAAAAAAUUGCUUUAUAUUUGACUUCUCAUAAAUGUAAAUACAAAGAAAAUGGAAAAUGAGCAUUGAUGUGCGUGGAAAAAAGUAACAUAUCUCUGGCCUUAAUAAACGCGUUCGUUGUACGUUCUACUGAUAAUGAGUUUCAUAAAAUAUGUAUCAAUAAACUGCAAUAAU